ACAAAACACAAGGGAGUUCAAACUGCCUGACUGACUAACUAACUAAGGAGCUGGAAGUUUGUUGCAUCUGCAAGUAUGAAGCUGCUUCUAGCUGGACUUGUUCUGACCCUCGUUGUAGGAGCUCAAGCUCAGUGGUACCGCUUCCCUGGUGAAGCUGCUCGAGGUGCUAAAGACAUGUGGCGUGCAUAUGGCGACAUGAAGGACGCCAACUGGAAAAACUCAGACAAGUACUUCCACGCUCGGGGCAACUAUGAUGCUGCCAGGAGAGGACCAGGGGGCAGGUGGGCAGCAGCAGUCAUCAGUAAUGGCCGGGAGAUGGUUCAGGGUUCCAGUGGUCGAGGACAUGAGGACUCAGCAGCUGACCAGGAGGCUAACCGCUGGGGACGUAAUGGAGGGGACCCCAACCGCUACAGACCAAAUGGACUCCCAAGGAACUACUGAACCUAAAAAAAGGAGGUUACUAGCCAAACUGAAGGACCACAUUCCAAACAAAUAUAUUGCACUUAAUUACUGCUUUUGAUAAAAAUGUCAUAUUCUCAAAAAUUAUUUUGCCCAAAUGCUCUGCUAAUAGACAGGUACAUGGUACUGAAACUUAGUAUACAAUGUAUUUCAAAAGUGUUGCAAAAAUAAAGUGAUUACACAACCAG